GCCAUUUGCUAAUCCUGUACUCGGCACUCCUAUUACCCCGAGAGAGAAUGAAAAACAGUGUGUAACUCUGUGUGUGUGUGAGUGAGAUCAGAAGGGAGGGGCAAGCAAGUUGUGUCCAAGCUGAGCGAGAGGGGGAAGGGGCUGAAAAUGUUGAAGCAACAGCUUGAGGUUUCUAGGGAACUGGUCGGAAGGAAACUUUGAGCUGUUCAUUAGAUGAGGAAAGUACUUAAGAAUGAGGUGGAGAAGCAUGGACAAAUAACACAUAUGCCUCAAAGGAACAUAGCGGACAACAGAGGAGUGAAGGAAUUCAUUAUUGUGCGAGACAAGAAGACAUGAGAAGAAAGUGAUAGAUCAAGGCAAGAGCAACGCAGCAGAGAAGUGAUUCAAAGCCAUCAGAAGAGAAAAGAAGAGAAAGAGCAAGAAGAAAAAGAGAGCUAUAGUGGCAGUUAAAUAAAGAGGAGGGAGGCAGGAAGAGGUGAUUAACAGUCUGAGAGAAGGAGAGGGAGUAAGGAAAAGGGUACAGUUGUCAAAAAACAGACACAGUGAUAAAAUAAAGAGAGGACGGAAGAGCAAGAAAGGAAGUCUGCAACAUUUGCACAUGCAUGGGUUCUGUGAGUGCGUCACAGCUCCAGUGUGAAAGUGGAUGCACGUUAUGAGGACUCUUAUGCUGUGCAGGCUCUUUCCUAUCAUCCUUCUGUGCUCCUUAUGCAGUGUGGUCAUCUGGAUAUUCCACUUUAACAAUAAUGUAAUGCCACAGCCCUCAAAUGGGAUUCCUCAAAAAAGGCCAGAAAAACCAUUUUGGAGAAUUGGAGACAAUGUAUUAAUUGCCAAGGCACUGGAAAAUUACUCAGACAAAUGGAAAAAACACGAGGCAAACUUUACAAGAUUCAGGUCCUUACUAAGUAGCAAAUGCCAUGCUGUGUCAAAGGCUGUGGUCACACAGAAUAACACCAAACUCGGGUCAAAUGUUAAUUAUGAUGGACAGAGCAGAAAGCCACUAAAGGUGACACAAGCCCUGUUCAACAUUUUGCCUAAGGAGCACCCCUUCGGAAAUGCAACCUGGGAGUCAUGUGCUGUGGUGGGGAAUGGAGGUAUUCUGGCCAAUAGCAGCUGUGGAGAAGAAAUAAAUUUAGCCCAGUUUGUCAUUCGAUGUAACCUUCCACCACUGGAUAAGAGAUAUGAGAAAGAUGUGGGCAACAAAACUAACCUGGUGACUGCAAAUCCCAGCAUCCUCCUUGAGAAGUACAGUGGACUUAUGGAGCGUCGACGUCCAUUUUUGGAAAGCCUUCGUCCUUAUGGACAAGCUUUAUUGCUAUUGCCAGCCUUCUCCUAUGGUCAGAACACAGCUGUAUCCUUGCGUGCUUUUUACACACUCGAGGACCUUGGCAGCAACAGCCCUCUGCCCGUUUUCCUGAAUCCAGAUUACUUGAGGACGUUGUCAAACUUUUGGCGUGAACGAGGCCUUAACUCAGUUCGUCCAAGCACAGGACUCAUCAUGGCCAGCUUAGCACUAGAAAUCUGUUCAAAUGUCCAUUUGUAUGGUUUUUGGCCUUUUAGUAAACAUCCAUAUGGCAAUCAGCCGAUCCCCAACCAUUACUAUGAUAAUCGAGAGAGCAAGAAGAACGUGCAUUCGAUGCCAACCGAAUUUGAACAUUUAAUGAAUCUUCACAAGCAAGGCAUGAUUCGCAUACACCUUGGCGAGUGUCAACCCACUCACAAUUAAAACAUGAGACUGGCUGGAAACUAGGCCUUGCCUGUAAUGUACUGUACACCUCUCAGUUUAAGGACUACUACAGACUACAAUAGGCCCCUUGGAUGGGUGUCUAGAAAGACACAGCUGUGAAUGCGCACUGAAUUUAUAUAGACUAUGUAGCUGUGCACAUUUGCUCAUCGAGGCAGCCAUGACCAUGCACAACAAAAUCAUGUUUAGUUAUUUUUGAGAAAUUAUUGCACACAAAAAUAGCUGAAAACAGAUAUAAUUAUUUUAGCUUUGGUAUCCUGUGAAAGAAUUUAAUUAGGAAAAUGACUCCUAGCAGCAUCCCUUAAGGGGGGGAUUUGAUGCCCAUUUUCUGCAAGUUGAUAUUAUUCUUAUGGGUUAUAAUGAAAAGUCUGUAACAUAGUUUGGUUAAAAUCUCUCAAUGGUAGUGUAAAAAACAAAUUUUUACCCUGUCAAAAACAGCUAUUUUCAGCGCAAGCAGUUUUGUAGCAUUUUCCUUUAAAUGUUAAUGAGCUCUGCUGAUCCCGCCCUCUGGGGACGCUAAUUAGCACAUUAUUAGGAAAGGUGAUUUCACUGAAACAGUGAACGAUUAAUUGAAAAACCUUAUACUCACUUCUGUUUUAAGCGAAGAUGGAUCAUGAAUGAGUCGUGCAAACAUAUACACAUUUAAAGGUGCAAUAGGUGAGUGUUUGUUAUACUGGUAUACUGAAAGUCUGUACACAUCCUGAUACCAGUCAUUAAGUUAAGUGGUUUAAAUGUAUUUAUCUGUAUUUAUAUAUUCUGUGGAAGGCGUAGGACCAAGAAAUGUACAUCCGAUCAAAAUGCUCGGUCUGAGCGUUUUAAAUAGCUUUCUUACCUGCCUGUCAACAUAUGUAUAUGCAUACCUCUGUGCACCCUAUUCGCGCAGACAGAAUACAUAAUCAGAGCGUUCACACACGCUGUGCAAACGGAGUGAGAAUGGCUGACAAACAUCAACAACCCAGUCUUCCUUCCUGGUAUUGUAGUACUUUUAAAGUUUUCUCAAUUGGUAAUGACACAUGAUGUAGCCCAGUGGUUCCCAAUUCCAGUGCUCACGCACAUUUUUUGCAUGUCUCGCUUUGUUAACACACCGGUUUCAGAUGACAAACUCGAGCUAUGUGAAUGAACUGUGUUCCAAUCAAUAUGAUCCCUAUACCAUGUUCAGGGGUUUACUUCACUUCGGAACAUAGACCAGAAUUGGGAACCGCUGAUGUAGCCUAUUGUAGUAAUGUUGUCUCUGAUAAUCUGGUCUAUGAGCAUAAAUGCAGCCAGGGGCGUGGCUUUGGACAGCAAUUGAAGGGAGGGUGGGACAAAUAUUAUAAGCAGAUCGGGGGUGCAUUCCCUUCAGAAAUAAACAUAAUUCACUUUGUCUUCAGUGGCUCAGAUGUUGGGAGUAAAUGACAACCGCUAUGUUCAUUAUUACAUCUAACAACAGAACACCUCAAUCACUUAGGAGCCAUUCUUGUCUACAUCUGCUCCGGUGGUGAAACAAUGAUGGAUUACAUGCUUACAGCAUGUAUGAUGAUUAACAGAUGAUUACAGCUCACUCACGGCAGGUCUAAGAUAAGACACCAGUCCAGUCUGUGCUGAAACACCACUGUCAAUCAAACUAUCGUGGUAAGGGUUUGACUGUGUGAUGUCACAAAUGCCAGCAUCUGAGAUUGGCUCAAUUUGACAAAGGGGUUAAGAUUUAACGAUAUUAAAAAAAAAAAAAAACACUGGGUGGAUUUUUAUCAUUACAGGGUGGUUGUGUGCACACACUGCCAACACACGCCAGUUCAAACAACUUGUAAAAGUGCAUGUAGCAUCCGAUGACCCCCUUAACUCUCCCUAAGCAGACUUGCCUUAAUCAGCCUUUAACGUGCUCAUUAUUGGUGCUCCUUCUUUGAUCUCAGGUGUGCAGAAAUAGCUAAUAUCAGUACCGGAUUAUAACUCUCUAGACUUUGAGUCCAGGACUCAGAUCUCAGUUAAAGAAUCGCAGAUAUGUCUGGAUGAUUGGAAGCAACACCACAUUCACAGUGUGAAACAAUAAGCAUGGAAAUGGGUUAGCAAAAAACAGAGUAAGAAGACAAGAAAUGUAAAAGUUGACAAUAGUAGCAAUACUAAAUAUAGUAAUUUCAAUUUUGAAUACCCUAUCUGAACAUGAUAUGAAUCUUACAGCAAUCACUGUAAAGUAAAUAAAAUAUAGUUUUUAUUAUUA